UAGCAUUGGUCUAAAGAUUGUUUUGCGCUCUUCAAAACUACAGUGGAUUCUUUUCAAGAACGCUUGUUUUCUCCGGUUCAAGACACAAAGAAGCGCGCAAUCUUCCUCUGCAAGAACAAGAAUUCCAGCUCAGCAGCCGUCAUCCCCCCGGUUCGUUCGUACCUCCAUUUGUCCCCCCUGAAUUCUGUCGUUGUCAACCGAGUUGCGGCGUUUCUUGCUCUCAGGGUUCGGUUCUUGGUCGACCCGGGAUCGAUCACUGAGACAAGCUUCCCUUUUCCUUUUCUGGGUUGCCCUUUUUAGGAUCGGUUUUUCACUUGGGAAUGUUGUUUGAAGAAUUUGAAGCGAUAUUUGGGGAGCCCAGGGUGGAAUGGUCGAGCGGAGGAGCUCAUCCGCUGCGGCGGUUGUUGUAUUAUGUCCACGCUCCGGACCCUUCUCACCUCAGGAUCCACGUCACGGAUUUCCACUCCAACACUUGGGAGGCCAUUCGCUCUGUUCAUCAGCUCGAGGACAUGAGGGACAACAUUGGGAUUGGUGGCUCUUGGUCUGAGUUCAUUGACUAUUUCGUGGCUUCAAUAAAGUCUGAAGAUGUAAAAGUUGUUCUGCAUGGACAAUCGGACUCAGGGGCUACAUCUGCAAAGUUAGUUGCUCAGAAAGCCAAAGGAAUGCCAUUGAUAUUUGUUACUCUUGUAAAACUUGUGGAUUUUGCUGCAAGGGAGGUGAUGGGCAACCUGUCAAUGCAGCUAUUCAUGGCAUUCAAGAACACUCAGACUUCACUUGCAGAAGAACAAGAACACAAUCACCAGUUGACAAAGCCUGUAACUGCUGAAAAGAAUGAAAGCAUCCAGAACAAACUUGAGUCAUUUUCGAAGAAGCAGAAGUUGCCCAUAACAAGCGCGUUGGCCAUGUCAGAUGCUUCAGACCCUUCUACAGAGAAAGUAGUAGCACAAGAUGCAAGCUCAAAAAGAGUUACUAAUCGUGUUGUCCCUGCUCAUAGGAGGUCAAAAGUAAGGGGUGUGCUCCUGCAAAAUCCUGAAGAUGUAUAGCUAGACGUGGGAAGUUAUCCUUCAAGAUGGUUUACUUUGUUCUGUAAGUACAACAUAAGGUGUCGGAAUCAGGAACAAGAUGUUACACCCAACCCUUAGGAUAAACACUUAGUUUUUUAUUUUUAUUUUUGAAGUUAUAAUUUCAAGUCUGUACAUGUUUGUGAAAUCUAAUUGAGCUGGUACAUAGUCUUGCCUAGAAGGUCUUGCAAUUUAUGGCGUAUGAGUUUCUGCUAACUGGAAGAGGGAAGUCAUCAUUUACUUAAGUUUUUUAUUUGCAAUAUGUAACGUAUUGAUGAAUUACAUUGGGAGAGUCUCUGCAUCUUAUUUAGUAAAUGCUUGCUAAAUUUCCAUGUUGU